UUUUCUUGUUGUAAACUACAUUUCCCUUCCAGAACUGCGGUGUUGCACAACUCUUUGAACGACUUCCUAUAUGACCUCUUCAAAAUAAAAGUAGCGAUCAUCCUUUGCCGUUUUGGACUGCUGCCAUUCUGACGCCAAACUUUUAUUUUGAAAACAGCGUCAUCGCCCAUGUGCUCCGUGAAUCUGUGGCGGAGCCGCUGACCGCCCGUGACCGCCGCCGCGCAGGUACAUGCCACGGCGAUGAGGCUCCGUUGGGUCGGAGCCGUGCUGCUGUCCGCGGCCGCCUACUACGUCUACCUCCCGUUACCGAGCGGCGUGAGCGAACCGUGGAAGCUGAUGCUGCUGGACGCGCUCUUCCGGAGCUUCAUACGGGCGAGUCACGUGGCUCACUCGCUGGGCGCGUGCCACCGUGUCCACCUGCUGAACCGGGCCAUCACCUGGGUGGAGGCGACAGACGCACGCUCCUCGCCCACCGUGCACGUGACGGACACCACUCUUGGGGGCGUGCCGACCCGCGUGUUUCAUCCAGUCGGAGGGGCGGAGCUGAAGCGAGGGGUCAUUUAUUUCCACGGAGGGGGGUGGGCUCUGUGCAGCGGCCGGAUGCGCUCCUACGACCUCAUUUCUCGGAGAAUGGCGGAGGACCUGGAUGCCGUCAUCAUGUCCGUGGAUUACCGCCUGGCUCCAGAGGCUGUGUUCCCGGAUCAGUACCAUGACGCUCUGGCGGCGUCCCGCACCUUCCUGUCCGCUGAGGUUCUGCGGCGCUACGGCAUCGACCCGGAGAGACUCUGCGUGUCUGGAGACAGCGCCGGGGGGAACUUAGCCGCCGCUGUGGUGCAAGAGCUCACGUCCGACCCGACUCAGACGGUGAACUUCAAGCUCCAGGCGCUGAUCUACCCGGUGCUGCAGGCUCUGGACUUCCUCACCCCGUCCUACCAGCAGAACCAGGACGUGCCCAUCCUCUACAGGCCCCUCAUGGUGCAGUUCUGGCUGGAGUACCUGGGCGCAGACUCCUCCCUGGAGCCCUUCCUGCUGGCUAACAACCACAGCUCUCUGGACCAGCCCGCCAUCAGCGCCGCCACCCGCUCCAAGCUGAACUGGACGGCGCUGCUGCCGGCCGAGCGCAGGAAGAACUUCCAGCCGGUGGUGAGGGAGAGGGGCUUGGGGGGGCUGCUGGGGAAGGUCCCGGGUCUGACGGACGUGAGGGCGGCGCCGCUGCUGGCAGAGCAGGACGUUCUGCGAAGGACUCCUAAAGCGUACGUGAUGACCUGCGAGUUCGACGUCCUGAGGGACGACGGGCUGAUGUACGUCAGGCGGCUGCGGGACGCCGGCGUCGCUGUCACCAGCGACCACUACGAGGACGGGUUCCACGGCUGCAUGGCGUUCGCCGUCCCGCCGAUGAUGUCCAGCGUCGGUGGGAGGAGCCUGAACAACUACAUCCGCUGGCUGGACCAGAACCUGUAGAAGUCCAUCAGAGAAGUAGAAACCUCUGGUCGGAUGCCGUCGCCGCCAUCACCAUGGCUGCUGUUUCUGUGACUUUAAAACAAACAAAAACACUUUUUAUUCAUAUUUCUAUAAAUAGAGGAAUUUUCACGUGGAGCGUGAAAACCAGAGA